UUAAAUUAAAGGAUUAAAACUUGAUCUAAAUAAUAGAGAAACCGUUUUGCGCCACAUUUCGGUUCUGCUGUGCAAGAAAGUGAGAAAGCGCAUGAAAACUGUUGAAACAACAAUUUGUAAACGAUGGGCCCUAAAAGCGAUCCCGAAACUGUUGCUCUCAGAAAAGAGCUGGAGGAUUUAUAUAACCAACUACAAGAAGCACAAAAAAAAUGUGCAGACAUCACCCUUGAAAGUGGCUGUAAUGACGUUGGAAAUGCCCCAUCGGUGAAACUUUCGACCAAAAAACUCAUGAAAGGGCAUUUAAAUAAAGUGAACUCCGUGCAUUAUAGCGGAGAUAGUCGACAUUGUGUUACCGGUUCAUUAGAUGGAAAACUAAUCAUUUGGGACACUUAUACCGGCAAUAAAGUCCAAAUCAUACCGUUACGAUCGGCCUGGGUUAUGACCGUUGCGUAUGCUUCAUCUGGAAACUUCGUAGCGUGUGGUGGAAUGGACAAUAUGUGUACCAUAUACGAUUUGAACAACAGGGAUACGUCUGGAGUCGCAAAAAUGUCGCGGGAAUUGGCAGGAUACGAUGGAUUUCUGAGUUCUUGCAGAUUUUUAAAUGAUAGAACGAUCAUCACUGGUUCGGGAGACAUGAAAAUCUGCCAGUGGGACUUGGAAACCGGCCGGAAAACCAACGACGUGGUGGCGCAUAAUGGAGACGUCGUUUCCAUUAGUCUAUCUCUAGAUGGAAACAGUUUCAUCACCGGUAGUGUGGACCAAACAUGCAAACUGUGGGAUGUUCGUGAGAUGAAACCGAAGCAGACAUUUUUCGGUCACACUGCAGACGUGAAUUCAGUUUGCUUCCAUCCGAGCGGAUAUGCGUUUGUUACUGGCUCCGAAGAUAAAACGGCUCGCAUGUUUGAUAUUCGAGCAGACCAGCAAAUAGCUCAAUACAAGCCGCCGGCCGCCAACAGUGGAUUUACUUCGUGUGGCUUAUCGAUUAGCGGCAGAAUCAUUCUUUGCGGUUCAGAUGACAAUAAUGUUCACAUGUGGGAUACGCUGAAAACAACUCAUAAUGGAACAUUAUCUGGACAUGAAAAUAGGAUCACAUCCCUAUCUGUGGCCCCGAAUGGUUUGGCCAUUUCCACUUGCAGCUGGGACCAGAACGUGAGAGUUUGGGGAUAACCGGCUAAAACCACUCCGAAUAUUGGCAAAUUAACUUCGUUUAUUUAAAAAUCUUAUCUUAUAUGGUAAUUCUACUUAAAGUGAUCAGAUUUAGCAAACUUGCUAUUCUUUUUUUAUAUUAUGUAUACAACAAACAUUAUUGGGCUUGCAAGCAAUAAAGAAUUCCACCGUC